CAUUUGUGCUUGCACGCGCAUGUCAGGGGUUAGACAGGCGCGUGCAGUUGUUUUUAUAUGAAGCUUUCUGAGCAGGAGAGUAUUUUUGUUUUUUUUUUUCUGUAGUAUUUGCUAACUGGAGCGGAAACGCAACUGUUUUCGGUUAAAUACGGACUCUUUAUGGAUGAAAAGUGAGCUAAUAUGAGGUUCGGGAAGCCAUGUGAAGAAAGUCUUGAGUGUCCUCAUCCUCAACCUCGCGCGUGCGUUUUGUUGUAAUGGCUUCUGUACGAAGAAUUUGGGCAGAAAUGUCUCUGAGGUCCAGGCUGCUGAAAUGCUUCGUCCUGGCUGUUGUGAUUGCACUUUUUCUGCAUGUUUAUAAUAAAUACAGUGGUUCUUUACCACUUAAACCUUCUCAGCUUCUACCAGCGGAUUUCUACAAGCAGAUCUCACCGUUAAGUUAUACAUAUCUCAUUAAUCAGCCUGACUUAUGCCACAACAGGAAGCCUCUUCUGGUUCUCAUGAUCCCUGUGACGAGUCAGGACUCUGAAUCCAGAGCAGCCAUCAGAAAAACAUGGGGUCAAGAGAACCUUCUCCCAAAUGUGGACAUUGCCAGGGUGUUCUUUGUCGGAGAAUCUAGUCAACAUGAUCCAAAACUUCAGGACAACCUGCAGGACGAAAGUUUGGCAUACAGAGACAUCGUACAAAUGAACUUCAUGGACACUUAUCAAAAUCUCACUAUCAAAACCAUGAUGAUCAUGAACUGGGUGGCGGUCUACUGUCGUUCCGCCCGGUAUGUUAUGAAGAUCGAUGCAGACAUCUUUCUCAACGUGCCUUAUCUUGUAGAUUACCUCCAAAACAAGCCUAAGCAUAACUACAUCACAGGGUCAGUCAUCAGCGAUGGCCGGCCUCGCAGGAACCCAAACAGCAAGUGGUACCUUUCAAAUGAUGUGUACCCAGAGAGCUUGUUUCCGCCCUACUUGUCCGGUGCUGGAUAUGUCUUUUCAGUUGACCUGGCCAAGAAGAUCUCGAUGGCCUCCAAGUUUGUGCGUCCAAUCCCAAUGGAAGACGUUUAUGUAGGGAUGUGUCUGCAUUUCUUACAAGUUCGACCCGAGUUUGCAUGGACACUGUUGCCUUACAUGAACCUAUUCGAGAUACGUCAUUUUAACUAUGAACGAUGCACCUUUGCAAAGCGAAUCAUAGUUACAGGCUUUAGUCCCACGGAUAUCAUAAACAUGUGGGCUGAUUUCCAGGGUAGUGGGUUUUCAUGCUGAUGAUCCAGAACCUUUAGAGUUUGACGAUGCACUAAAAUAUAUAACCAAAGACAUCAGAAGAGGUCGAUUAGCGAACAGUGGCCUUUAUAAAGAAUAUAUUGUUUACUUGUUGAUCACAGCACUGUGAUGUCAUGGAGAAAUGCCAUGCUCUUACCAGAAUAUCAGGAUAAAUUAUUGAUCACUUAUUAACACUGUACUCUUGAAUAUUUGAUGUGCCUUUUUAAGUCUAAAAAUUCUUUUAAAAAACUGCACUACAGAUUAUAGAUUUUAUUAUUAUUAUUUAAUUUUUUAUUAUUAUUAUUAUUUAACAGAUGAGGGCGCCCUUUCCCUUUAUAAUUCCACAGCUGUUUAUAUGAUACUGUUUACUGGAGUGAUUUAGAAACUGCCAAUAAGUUCUCUCCGAUAGAUUUUUUUUUCCCCCAUUUGCACCAUCAGUUCAACUGAUUCAACUUGGUUCCAGGGAAAUUAAUAUGAAAUAUAAUAAACAAAACCCAAUUAUAUUAUAUUUAUAUUUAUAACUAUAUUAUUAUUAUUAUUAUUACUAUUAUAUUGUGCUUUCUGUUAAUUUGUAUUUAUUUAUUUAGCUUUACUAAUUUUCUGUUCUAUGCUUCUGAUGUUGGAUUGUUACUCUAAAUCAUUACACUUAGUACUACUACUACUGCAAAUAAUAUUCUAAAUAUUAUUCCAUCUGACUACAGCACUUUCACUAAGUCUCUCCAAGACCUGGAAAUAGGGAUUAGCUUCAUGUGGAAUAUAAAGACUGAGACGAUCACGGUUGUCAUCCAAACACUGGGAGUUGAGACGAGAGGACUGAAAAAAUACACAGCCUGCAUUUCAGGAAACAUCAACAUCCACAUACAAUUGACAGUCAUGCUUUUCAGGAAGGGUAACAUCCUCUGUAUCUAUUAUAGCUAUCAAUCAUCACAUAGAUCAUCAUCAUCAUCAUAUCAUUCUAGUGCCUAUGAUUUGGAUCCAGCACUGAUGGACGUAAACAACCAAAAGUAAAGGGAGAAGGUGACUACUGAGAAGAAAACUACUGCUAUUAUUAUUAUUAUUAUUAUUAUUAUUAUUAUUAUUAUUAUUAUUAAGAAAACUGUUGUAAACAACCGUUAACGUUUACAAGUUAUUCCUGAUAAACACGUGUUGAUUGAUGCACUGUUUGUAUGAAUACACAUGUUCUUCAUAGUUCUGCUAGAAACACUCAGGCGAGAUUGUAACGGUGUGUUAGUAAGUCUCAUCCAUGCUCUUGCUUGGUGAAGGUACAAAUAGCAGAAAUAGCAUGAUGAAUCAUUAGCACUGCAGUGUAUGUGUCGAUCUGAACAGGUGGCUAUAAGACUGAUGCAUCACAGUGAAGGAGCACGAGCCAAAAGUGAAUGUGCUAUUUAUGCACUAGCAAUCAUUUAUUUAUGGGUUUUUUUAAAUAACAUUAAUGUUAUUAGAUUUAAUAACA